UCAGAAAACCCCAAUGGUACGGAUAAUGAACAAACACCUGGAAACGAACAGAGAACUCAGACGGAUCAAGGUACACAAGGCACAAGUGAUGCGCAGGGCAAUACAAACGCACAAGAAGCUACCGCUACACAACCUUCUUCUUCUUCUGACACUUCCAGCAGUUCAGUUACAGAGAAUACCGGCGGAACAACUUCUGAGAGUGAUGACACUGGUUCACAGAAUGAGUCUACAAACAUCACAGAUGUUACAGGAAAUACAACCACCACCACAACAACAACACUUCCUCCUGAACUCACAAACAACAAGAAGGGUGAUGCAGACAGCAGCAGCAGUAUCAGCAGUUCUGUGUGGGUGCGUGUGCCACUACUGAUUGUGGUUACACUGGCCUGUAUUCUUGUGUGCUGA